AUGCCUAUUAUCAACUGGGAUCAUAUUGACAAUACGGAUACCAGCCUGAGCGAGAAGCAGCUGGAAUCAGUCUUUCUGCUCAGCUCACUUGAUGCUCGGCCCAUUCCCCGCACGGACAGUGAAAACAACCAGGUGCCCACUUUACCCGCUGUAGAUAGCACACAACUACAACCGGUGUCUCAUCCCAACUCGGAUGCCAUCGUCCACAUGCAAUUAGCUUCACACUUUUACACGUGGCUACGCUCAAUGGAACAGAAUUUCCACACAACUGAUACCGAAGCCGAUUCACAGUUUAUGGAAUAUGUGGCACAGAAAAAAGAAUACUGUUCACAGAUUUUACAAGAACUGCGUGCUAUUCUGACCAAUUUGAACGCGUUACGUGAGCACUAUGCUACUGUAUCGAGCAAAACUAAUUCACUGCAUGAUGUAUGUGAACAUUUGCUUCAGGAACAGAACGAAUUAAGUGAAGUUGCAAAACAAAUUGAUCGUAUUCUCACCCACUUUGUCAAUGUGGACAUCGUGGAAGCAGAAUUGCGUUCCGUCAAAUUGGUUCUGUCCAAAGACAAACUGAAACCGAUGCUGGAUCGUCUGGACUCGAGCAUCAAUUUCCUCCGUCGACAUCCAACCUUCAAGGAAUCGGAGACGUAUUUGUCCAGAGCGAUUGGUGCACUGGAAAAGGCACUUCAGUUGAUCAAUGCCAAUGUGACACGAAUCAUUGAUCGCACAAUAAACGAACUGAUGGAACUUCAUGAUGUAGUCACGCCGGACAAUUCGUUUAUCCUCCUCUACGGGCGAUUCCGUUCACAAGGCCCGAAAAUUCGAGCCCUUAUCAGCCUAGUCGAGGAGCGGAUCGAUGUGGCCGAAGAAUAUGGGAAAGCGCUUCGUGAUUGUCACAAUUUCUAUCUACAACGUCGAGAAGAACUUCUCACUCCGGUCGCUCGAAGUGGAAUUGGUGAACUGGUCGAGAAGUAUCAGAACGAUCAUUGCUCAUUGCUUCGAACCGGUGGUGCAUUUAUGGUCCACAUGUGCGAGGAUGAAACACGUCUGUUCAGCCAGUUUUUCGCACCGCAACUAUCAAACUCUCUGAAUCAAAUGUUGACCAAUUUGUGUCGUUGCAUGUACGACGCAUUCCGUCCACUGAUCAUCCGUAUUAGUCACGUGGAAAUUCUAUCCGAGCUUUGUGACAUUCUCAAAUAUGAGCUGACUGAGGAGCAUUUGACGGAGAAAGACAUAGACAUGACCGCGUUCACCGAACUGUGUGCUAUGCUGUUGUCUGACAUUCAGGAUCGUCUGAUUUUUCGCGCGCACAUCUACAUCAAAACACAAAUUUUGGGCUACGAACCAAGUCCGGGCGAUUUGUCCUAUCCGGAGAAAUUGGAAAUGAUGCAUGAUAUCGCCAAGGCAACCGCGCAGCGAACCGCCGCCUCGACAACCACAACAGAACAAACUGAUUCAAGCACAUCAGAGGCACCCGACCCCGACUCAGCAGCCGCAGUAGAUGGAACCAGUCCUGGGUUGACGGUGGUCACAUCCGCGUCAGGGACUGGAGCGUCGGUUGAUUUGGCUAUUCAACCGGGACCCAAUAUGUCUCUCGCUCCAGCUGAUCUGCNCACGGGAUGUGGUAUCCAACUGUGCGACGGACACUGGUCUUUCUAUCGAAAUUAA